AUGGCUUCCGAAGAAACUGUCGCUGCCGGCCUCGCCAAUGCUGGCGAAGAGUCCGUCGCCCAACGUCUCCAGCAGCACCAUGUGACUGUUGAGGAUGCGCCGGAUCCCGAUUUGCCCACGCACGCGACUGAGGAUGCCUCUGCUUCUGGAUCUGCUCCCGCUGUCAAGGCGGCUAGCAAGCCCAAGCAAAAUGCUCUCGAUACCCAGUCUCACGAGCUUUUCCCAGAGCUUGGAGCUCCCAAAGGCAAGGGCCCUAGCGUUGCCCCCAUCUGGGGAGCCAAGAGCAAUGCCAACGGAGGCUCCAACGGCGUUUCUCGUUCGUCCACUCCGGCAUCUGGCACCUCGACCCCGUCUGCUCAGGCCCCUACCCCCUCCAUGGCCAUUCCUGGACGCAGGGUCGAGACUUACACCCUCGCUCCUACGCACGUUCGCCCUCGUUCCGAGCUUAGACGGCCAAUCCCCGAUAUCCUCAAGGAUAUCAACCGCAAGUCUCGUGCCAACAUCACCAUGACCCAGUCUCCCAAUGGUCACCUCAAGUUCAUUGCUACUGGUCCUCAGGAAGCUGCUCAACAGGCACUCAAGGACCUGGUUGGUCAGAUCGGAACAAAGGUCUCCAUCAAGGUUCCCAUUCCUCAAUCCAGCCGAGCAUUCAUCAUCGGCAAGGGUGGUGCUACGAUUAAGUCUCUCCAGGAGAAGACUGGUGCCAAGAUCCAGCUGCCCAAGUCCGAUGAGAGCCAGCCUGUUGAUGAUGAAGAUGGCGAGGCUGAAGUCGAUGUCAUCGUGGAGGGCCAUGCCCUCGCUGCUGCUUAUGCUCGGGAUGAGAUUCUCAAGAUCGUUGGCGAGCGUUCUGCCAACACUCAAACCAAAGUGCGGGGCAUCCCUGCUGCUUUCUACCCCUUCAUCGCCGGACCUGGAAAUUCUCUGGCGCAGGCACUCGAAGAAGCCAAUGGAGUCCAGGUUCGUGUCCCCACACAGCAGCUGUACUCAUCCGCACCCCUUCCGGUUGCACCAGCCCCUGGUCAACGGCCCGUGUUUGCCCCUGCCGGUGUCGAUGACGAGCAUAUCCUGCUUGCUGGUGACCGUGCUGCCGUGCAAAGGGCUCGAGCUGAGAUUGAACGCCGCGCCGCUGAGUUGCAAAGACAGCUGGAAGCCGAGCAGCUUUCUAUCCAAAGAGGCAGGCACCAGUUCAUCAUCGGUCAGCGCGGUAUUCCCUUGGAGAACUUCUUCAACGAGACUGGCUGUGCCAUCCUGUUCCCCCAAGAAGAAGAUGAUGACAUGAUCACCGUUGUUGGACCUCCCGCCCAGGUGCAGGCCGGUCUGGAGAGAGCCAUGGACCUCGCCAUGGGUAUGCAAAUGUCAAACAUUGACAUUUCGAGAUCUCACCGCAAUGCUCCUGGCGGCGCCGCUGCUCACGCUGCCAACAUCACCAGGUACCUUCGCCAGCGCAGAGAGAUUGAGCGUCUCGAGAAGGCCUACAACACUCACAUCAACACUCCUUUCUCUCAGGACGGCGCCCUGCCUUGGGAGCUGUACUCCCGUGAGGGUAAGAACGCCAUUCGUGCGCAAUCGGAGAUUACUGCCAUUCUCAACGGACACCCGCCGUCGCGUAUGCAGACUGUCCCCGUUGACCCCUUCUUCCACCAGCAUCUGCGCAGCGAUAUCACGCCCAGAAUCAAGAAGGAUUUUGGUGUCCAUGUCGUUGUUCCGGAGGCUUCAGAGGCUAAUCUUCCGGUGCUCCUCGUCUUCGAGGGCCCCGACCCUGCUGAGGGCGCUUACCAGCCUCCUCGUGCCAAGCCCACAGAUGCUGAGGCACGCGCUUUCAAAAAGGCACUGGAUGACGCUCAAAAGCACAUCCUUAGCCUCAUCAACAGCCAAGAAGAGCUCAGCAGCGUGGCUCUUGACGUCCCCGCUAAGUUCCACGAGAAGCUGCGCCGCUUCAUUAAGAAGGAGCAGGAGAGCCGCUCGGAAGCUCAGAUUCCCGUUAGAGUGACCAAGAUUGGUACUACUGUGACUCUGCGAGGACCCAAGUCUGCUGUCGAUUCCCUUGCCGACAAGGCCACCGCCUUUAUCGAGCAGGAGAAGAUUGACGAGAAGGAGCGUGGAUACACCUUAUCUUUUGACUUCCCUCAGAAGUUUGCUAACCACCUUAUCGGCAAGGGUGGCAGCAACAUUAAGGAGCUUCGUGACCGAUUUGACGUUGAAAUUCAAGUUCAAGACGGCAAAGUGGAGCUCAAGGGACCUCAAGCCAAGGCUGAGAAGGCUCGCACCUACAUCCAGAACCUUAGCCGCACCUUGGCGGACGAGACUACCCAUACUCUCAAGAUCGACCCCAAGUACCACCGAGAGCUGAUUGGUGCUCAGGGAAGCCAGAUCAACCGCCUGCAGACUCGAUACAAGGUCCUCAUCUUCUUCCCCCGAUCAGCCAAGGGCGGAGAUGACCAGUCAAACGCAGAUGCGGCAAGUGAUGCCGGCAAGCCCCGCCGCCAGCAAGCUCCGGACGAAGUCAUCAUUCGUGGUCCCAAGAAGGGCGCCGAUGAGGCCCGCGACGAGAUUUUCUCUCUUCACAAGUACCUGGAGGAGCAUUCCCACACAGCAACUGUCGGAGUGCAGCAGAAGCAGGUCGGCUCUCUGAUUGGCCAAGGCGGUGCUGCUUUGGAUGAGCUUCGACAGUUGACCGGUGCUCGAAUUGAUGUUCCGGCUGACCGGGAUACUGAAAUUGUCGACAUUGUCAUCAAGGGUACUGCCGCUCAGGUUAAGAAGGCAAAGCAGAUCCUUGAAGAGAAGCGAUCAGAGUUUGAUGACACUGUCGUCCAGACGAUUGAGGUAGACAAGAAGCACCACAGAGCCCUGAUUGGAACAAGCGGAUCCGCUCUUCGUGAGAUUGUUGUCGGAGCCGGCGGUUCUGAUGAUAGACGUGCACUUGCCCGAACUAUUCAGUUCCCCAAGCAAGAAGCAGACGGCAACACUAUCAAGGUAGAGGGCCGCACUCAAGUCGUUGACAACAUCAUCAAGCGCAUCCAGGAGAUUGUAGCAGAGCGUGAAAGCCAGGUCACUGAGAUUGUGGAAGUGCCCAUCGACCAGCACCGAACUCUCAUUGGACGAGGCGGAGAUGCCAAGCGCCAGCUUGAGUCGCAGUUCAGCGUCUCCAUUGACAUUCCACGCCAGGGUGACGGCAAGACGGGUGUUAAGGUUACUGGUCGGCCAGAGAACGUUGCCUCGGCCAAGGAACACAUUGCUGGCUUGAUCAAGCAGCAGCAAGGCGAGACCCUUCAGAUCCCUCGCAACGCCCACCAUGCUGUGUCCAACAAUGGCCAGCUGUUCCGUCAACUCCGCAACAACUACCAAGUGACGGUUGACCAUGCUGGUCAGAGCAUUCCUGCCAAGCCCACGCCGUCAGACAGGGCUGUUGAGGGUUCUCUGCCCCUGAUUACCGAUGAUGCCGAUGCAUCGGCCGAUGUUCACUCUUGGAAGAUUGUGAGCAUUGAUUCAGGCGAAGAGGGUGACAUUCCAUGGAUCCUGCGUGGAACUGCUGAAAAUGUCGCCAAGGCCAAGGACGUUAUCCAGAAGGCCCUGGAGCAGGCCAAGGCCAAUGACUCUACAGGUUAUCUUAUCCUGCCUGAUCCCCGAACUUACCGUUACGUUAUCGGCCAAAACGGAAGCAAGGUCAAGUCCAUCCGAAACCAGAGCAACUGCCAGAUCCAAGUGCCGCGAGACCAAGCCAAGGAUGAGGCCAUUGAGAUUACCGGCACUCGCGAGGGUGUGGAGAAGGCCAAAGAUCUGAUUCUGGCUGCUGUCCGAGAGGGACAGACCAUGUCGAGAGAGUAG